CUCGGGUUACGGUGCUCGCGGCAGAUAUCUCUCGCGUCGGCGCCUGCGGGACUGCGGCUGGCGCGAGAGCGCCGCGAACAGACGACGCCGCGGCGUUUGGCGCCGCCGCCACCGCGGCCGCGCAGAAAGCUGGCGGCUGUCUGGACCGUUGCUGCGCGCGGACUGCUUCCAAGGGACGCUCUCGCGAACUGCACCCCUCUUCCACCACCCUCCGCCCCUCGAAGAAGUGGACAAACCCCCACCAGACACCAAUCGUGUGUGCGCCGUUUCUCCUUGACACCCGGAAAAAAACCGACCGACCCACAGCGCGGAAAGUUCCCCGUGUUUUUGCGGCACCCGGGCCUCGUCCGUCCUCGGCCCUCCCCCCCGCCCCCCUCUCUUCAUUCAUAAUAUCCACCGCUCCCAGGCUUUUGUAUACCAGGCCGAAAUCCGAUACCAGGCGCCGAAGACAUUUUCGUGCCCUAAUUUCCAAUAACCUUGCGACCUUUUGCCUACUCCUUUAUGAUUUCGCGCGAAACCCUUACGCUGACCCCGUCUCAAGAAGUGAACAUUCCUAGAAGAUCAAGAAGGGGGUGCGCGUACUCACCCUAGUAUUACCGCGUACACGAGGGAAAAAGUGCCGAGUGGGCAAGGCUGUAAUCGCGGUUGGCUUUCUUUUGAAGCCGUACUAUGAAUAGCGACAGUGGACUUCAAUGGCUCCUCGUUCUCGCUGCGUCCUGACGUGCUGGCGAGCAAGUCACUGACACCGUUUUCUGAAAAAGAAAGAAGCCAGCGGUGCGACCACUCUCUCGAGGCGUUGAAUGCGCGGACGUCUCGUCAUCUGCCCGACCAUGCUACUCCGUCUGCUGAGCGCUGCCUCCCUGCUAGCAGCCGCGGCUGUUGCGAGUCCGCGACCGCCGGAGGAGGACGCCUUCCGGGCCAACGCCAUCGAGGUGGACCGCAAGUCCGCCUCGCCGCCGCUGCUCGCCAAGAAGAACGACGUCGGCUCCUCGGCGGCGACGUCGUCCGAGUCGUGCUCCCUGGACGCCACCCUGGCGUCGAUGACCAUGGGCGACUUGGAGAGGCUCAUCGAACGCUUCGCCAAGCUUCAGGGCAUGACCGUGUCUGGAGUCGUCAAGCAGCUCUACUCGGCGCUCUACUCGUCCAUCAAGCGAAAGGUCGCCAGUGAAGAGGGCCUGUCCCCGAUGGCGCUGGAGGCGAUCCAGGAGCUGUGCCUAGGGGGCGCUGGCCCCGCCUACCAGCUGGUGCCUCCGCACGGUCCCAUCUUCUCGGGCCUGAGCAGCGCCUUCAUGCCGAACACGGAGUUCGCGCCCCUGCCGCCCAUUAGGAAUCUCCGACCGCCGCCCGGCGCGAAGCUGGUGGUGCGGAGCGACGGCGAAGACCUGGACGCCAGCAUCACCGUCUCGCCCAAGAUGUCCCUGGUGGAAGCGCUGAGGCGCGCCGACUACAAGCUGGCCGAGGACACCGGCCGGGGAAGCGGCGUCCUCCACCUGGGAUUCUCGGCCACGCGGGCCUGCUACAUCGUCGAGUCCGUCGCGGGGCUCAGGGCGUCGCCCGAGCGCGCCUGGAAGAUCGCCAUCUCGGACCGCUUUGGAAAGUUGGUGUACGAAGACAUCUGCCUGCCGGGUACGGACGACUUGGUGGUUCAGCCGAGGAUGAAGAUCGUCCUGACCUACGUCGAAGCCAAGCGGAAAGCGCAGUGAACCCGCUUCGCAACGCACUGCCUAUAUGGGCUGCUAGCCCUCCUGCUCGGGGAAUCUUCGCCACAUCCCCCACCAUUACACUCCGUGUUAACUUA